AUGGCCAGGACGGCGGCCGAUGACGACGACGACGGCCCGCCGCCGGCCUACGCCGCGCAGCGCGGCCCCCGCCGCGACCCGCGGCUCAAGGACCUUGGCAUCUCCUGCAUGCUCAACACCGAGGUCGCCGCGCUGCUGGCCGUGAUCCGCCGCCGCCCGGACCCCUACUCCUACCUCCCGCCCGCCGUCGCCGCCGCCGAGGAGGCCACCUUCGCGGGCCUCAUCUCCUCCCUCAAGACGCUCCGGGGUCUCCUCUUCCAGCCACGGCACGGCGCGUGGCGGUGCUCCGACCCGUCCACCUACCUGACGCCCUUCCUCGACGUGGUCCAGAGCGACGAGGCCCCGCCGGCGGCGACGGGCGUGGCGCUCUCCUCCGUGCUCAAGAUCCUCCGCAUCGACGUGUUCGACGAGUGCUCCCCGGGCGCCCGCGACGCCGUCCACGCCAUCCUCGCCGCGCUCACCAGCUGCCGCAUGGACCGCAUCUCCGACGCCAGCGCCGAGGAGGCGGUGCUCCUCCGCGUGCUCCAGGUGCUCGCCGCCCUCCUCCGCGCCCGCGCCGCGCCGCUGCUGUCCGACAGCUCCGUCUGCACCGCCGUCAACACGUGCUUCCAGAUCGUGCAGCACGCCGCCGGCAGCCGCGGCAGCGAGCUCCUGCAGCGCACGGCGCGCCACUGCAUGCACGAGAUCCUGCAGUCCGUGUUCGCGCGGCUGCCCGACAUCCACGACGACUCCGCCGGCGACGCCGACGGCGACGUUGCGGCCGGGGCCGGCGCGUCGUCGGGCGCCGGGUUCGGCGCGCGGUGCAUGGUGGACGUGUUCAACUUCCUCUGCUCGCUGCUGCAGAACGCGUCGGACAUGGUGAUCACCGCCGACGGGCAGGGCGCCUUCACGUCGGAGGAGGACGUGAUGCUCUUCUCGCUCGUGCUCGUCAACUCCGCCGUCGAGCUCGGCGGCGAGGCCAUCGGCAAGCACGCCAAGCUCCUGCGACUCAUCCAGGACGACCUCUUCUACCACCUGAUUAGCUACGCCACCGAGUACAGCCCGCUGGUCCUCUCCAUGAUCUGCAGCACGGCUCUGAACCUCUACCACUUCUUGCGCCGGCAUCUGAAGCUUCAGCUGGAGGCCUUCUUCAUGUUCGUGCUACUGAAAGUGUGCGGCGGCGCCAACGGUCCGCAGCUGCAGGAAGUUGCCGUGGAGGGUCUCAUCAGCUUCAUCCGCCAGCCGACGUUCGUGAUCGAGAUGUACGUGAACUACGAUUGCGACCCGCUGCUUCGCAACGUGUUCGAGGAGGUCGGCAAGCUUCUGUGCAAGGCGGCGUUCCCGUCGUCACCGGGCCCGAUGACGGCGGUGCAGCUGCAGGCCUUCGAGGGCCUGGUCAACAUGAUCACCACCAUCGCCGACAACGUCGAGGUCGACAAGGCCCCCGACACCGACGCCUACGCCGUCGAGGUCUCCGAGUUCCGCCUCUUCUGGACCGAGCGCUGGGACCCCUCCACCGGCGCCGGCGCCGCGGCCGGCAACGGCGAGCGCGAGACGUGGGUGGACUUCGUGCGCAAGCGCAAGCUCCGGAAGAAGAAGGCGGCGAUCGCGGCGAACCACUACAACCGCGACCAGAAGAAGGGCGUGGAGUACCUGAAGCUGUGCCACCUUAUCCCCACCCCGCCGGAGCCCCGGAGCAUGGCCUACUUCCUCCGCUACUCGCCAGGGCUUGACAAGAACAAGAUCGGCGAGUUCCUCGGCGACCCCGACGAUUUCAACCUCAAGGUCCUCAAGGAGUUCACCGAGACCUUCGACUUCACCGGCGCCAUCCUCGACACCGCCCUCCGCACCUACCUCGAGACCUUCCGGCUCCCAGGCGAGUCCCAGAAGAUCCAGCGCAUCCUCGAGGCCUUCUCGGAGCGUUUCUUCGAGCAGCAGACGACCGGGGUCUUCGCCACCAAGGACGCCGCCUUCAUCCUCUGCUACUCGCUCAUCAUGCUCAACACCGACCUGCACAACCCGCAGGUGAAGAAGAAGAUGUCCGAGGAGGAUUUCAUCCGGAACAACCGCGCCAUCAACGACAAGAAGGAUCUCCCCAGGGAGUAUUUGUCGGAGCUGUUCCACUCUAUCUCCUCCAACGCCAUCACCGUGUUCAGCUCGAGCGCGGCGGCGGCGGCGGAGAUGACGGCGAGCCGGUGGGCCGACCUGGUGCGGCGGUCCCGCGCCAUGGAGCCCUUCACGCCGUGCGACUUCCGGCACAAGCUGAGCCGGGAGUUCCUGUCACUGGACGGCGGCGGCGGCAGCGAGUCGCUGCUCACCGUCGGCAGCGAGUUCGAGAACAACCUCAAGAUCGUGCAGCAGUGCCAGGCGGGGAGGAUCUUCACGGAGAGCGCUAAGCUGCCCGACGAGGCGCUGCAAAACCUGGGGCGGGCGCUCGUCUUCGCCGCCGGCGGCAAGGGCCAGAAGUUCAGCACGCCCGUCGAGGAGGAUGAGACCGUCGGCUUCUGCUGGGACCUCCUGGCGCUCCUGGCGUCGGCGAACCUCCACCGCCUUGCCACCUUCCUGCCGCCGCUCCUCGACUGCUUCGCCGCCGUCUCGCAGCUGCCGCUCUUCUCGCCGUGCCCGUUCGCCGAGAAGGCCAUUGUCGCGCUCUUCCGCGUCGCCGUGCGCCUGCUAUCGGCGCCGCCGCAGCCACCGAAGCCCGGCGCCGCCGACGGCCGCGUCGCCGAGGAGCUCGUGUUCAAGUCCAUCAACAUGAUGUGGAAGCUGGACAAGGAGAUCCUCGACACCUGCUGCGAGGGCAUCUCGGAGAGCGUCGUGAGGCUGCUCACGGAGCACGCCGGCGGCGUGCAGACGCCGCUGGGGUGGAAGACGCUGCUCCACCUGCUCACCGUCACCGGCCGCCACCCGGAGACGUUUGACCAGUCCGUGGCGGCGAUGAUCAAGGUUAUGAGCGACGACGGCGCGCACGUCACACGCUUCAACUACGCCGCCGUCAUCGAGGCCGCCUUCGGGUUCGCCGCGCUCAAGAUCAGCCCGCUCGACGUGAGCACCAAGAUCCUCGAGCUCAUGGCCGAGUCCGUCAACUGGCUCGUCCAGUGGCACAAGUCUGGCUACUCCGACCCCGGGAACAGCGCCGGCUUCAGCGGCGGCGGCGGCUCCUCGUCGUCGUCCGCCACGUCGGUGGACGCGGCGGAUGCGUCGCGGAUGGGUAACCUGGCGACCAACAUGUUCAUCAAGCUCGCGGAGGCGCUGCGCAAGACGAGCCUGGUCCGGCGCGAGGAGAUCCGGUGCCAGGCCGUGUUCGAGCUCGGGCGCGCCUUCAACCUCGCCGCCGCCGGUGACCUCGACUUCGGCCCGGGUGGGUGCCUGGCCUGCUUCAACCUCGUCAUCUUCGCCAUGGUGGACGACCUGACGGAGAAGACGCUCGAGUACUCGCGGCGGGAGGGCGCGGAGCGGGAGACGCGGAGCAUGGAAGGCACGCUGGCCGCCGCCGCCGAGCUGCUCGCGGACGUGUUCGUGCUGCUGCUGCCGAUGCUGGCGCAGGCGCCGGGGUUCCGGACCUUCUGGCUCGGCGUGCUACGGCGGAUGGACACGUGCAUCAAGUGCGACCUCGCCGCGGGCGGAGGCGCCGGGCUGAUGCAGGAGCUCGUGCCUCGGAUGCUCAAGCGGAUGAUCAUGGAGAUGAAGGCCAAGGAGGUGCUUGUGCCGAGGGAAGGCGACGAGCUCUGGGAGAUCACAUACAUCCAGAUCCAGUGGAUCGCGCCGGCCGCCAAGGAAGAGCUGUUCCCCGAGUAA